AUGAUAGUCAUUGGGGCGUGGGGAUGCUCACUUGUGGGCUGGGGCGGAACCUUCAUUGAGGGUGAUUGGGGCUGGCGGAUGCCUAUCUUUGCCCAGCUUGUGCCUCCAGUCUUGAUGUUGGUUCUUGGAUUUUUCCUCUUGCCAGAAUCGCCAUCUUGGCUCCUGAUGAACGGCCAGCGCGAGAGGGCAGCUCAGUGCCUGCGCAAGUUCCGUGGGCCAGAUUUUGACGCCGAGGCGGCCUUGGUUUCCAUGGAAGCAACUUUAGCGAAAGAACGGUCUUUGAACGAGCAGGGUUCGUCCUAUCUGGAGUGUUUUAAAGGAUCGAAUCUGCGUCGAACCCUUAUUGUUGUCCAAGUUUACGUCGCUCAGCAGUUUGUCGGGUCGGGUUUCGUGUCGGGAUACCUCCCAUAUUUCUUUACUCUCUCUGGCGUUCGCAACCCAGUCGGCGUAGCCCAAAUCUCAUACAGCCUUCAGCUGCUUGGCAACAUCUUGUCCUGGCCAUUGGUCGACAGGCUAGGCCGCAGGCCCAUGAUUGUUUGGGGAACCGCAGCAUUGGCAGCUGUCUUGCUUGUCAUUGGUGGUAUCAGCACCAUAAACAAGAGCAAGCCUGUUCUAUCAGCCGUGGUGGCCUUCAUGUCUAUCUGGGGCUUCUUGUACCAACUUACCCUGGGAGCGGUCGCAUACGCUGUAGGAGGAGAAACACCCACGCCUCGCCUCCGACAAAAGACAUACUCGAUCAACGUCAUGAGUAACACGGCCGCAAGUGUCGUUGUCACCCAGCUGAUCCCGAUCUUGAUCAACCCCGGAAAGGCCAACCUUGGAGGAAAAGUUGCCUUUGUAUUCUUUGGACCAUCAUGCCUGCUUUUUAUCUCCCUGUGGCUUACCUUCCCCGAGCUGAAGGGUCGAAGCUAUCUGGAGAUGGAGGAGAUGUUCCAAAAGGGAGUGCCAGCACGCCAGUUCAAGAGUUAUGUCUGCAAGACAGAUAUCAUUCAGCCUGAGGAUGGGGAGAAGCCAGUUGUUAUUACGAAGGACUAA